AUGGAAGACGACUCAAGUAUAAGUGGCCAAACCCCUUCGGCUACGAAUCAAUCUAGCACCGGGAAUACUCCUCAAGGCGGUACAUCAACAUCGCAGUCGGGCGCUUCGGGUACGCCGUCUCAACGUAUACCUACACCAGGGCCAUCACAACCCCCUUCAAACACGGCCUCCCUCCCACCUGGUCCGGGAAACUCCAAACGCCGCCGAGGACUUGGGAUUGUGACGCCAAAUGCAUGUACAGAAUGUCGCAAAAAGCGGGCAAAGUGUGAUGGUCAAAAACCAUGUGGUCGCUGCAAAUCCCAAAAAGAGGUUGAAUGUGUUUAUGAGAUUCCUGUGCGACAAUCGAAAGAAACUCUCCGCACCGAGAUUGAGUCUUUGCGCAUUCGCCAACGCUCCAGCGACCUUGUCUUGGCCGCUCUUGUGAGGUCAGAUACAUGGGAAGAAGUUUUAAAUCGCUUACGAAAUGGCCAAACCAUUGAAAAUAUCUCUCACUGGCUUGGAAAUGCAGUCCCCUCCGAAGGCAACACAGUGCCCAUCUUUCAGGGUCGGCAUGGAGAGAGUUCAGGUCAAAAUAUGACGGCCGUGGCGGACUUCAGCGGUGCAGCUUCCAGCAGUCAUUCCGGUAUGGCUCUUGAUAUUGGCCCAGCAGCAGCUCAGGUGCCAGGUCUACAGCAAACUCCACCAUGGAACUUCUCAGGACAGAGUCAAGCCGAGUCAAGCCGAAGCGGGUCAGAUGCCAUGAACUGGAUUCCCGACGCACGUCGAGGGGGUUUUCAGGGGGACUCUCUGCAAGGUGAACCAAUGGGUACCGGACUGCCACGAUUUCGUGGCCUUGAGCAGAUUCUCUCUCCACUGAUUGAGCCUGGGAUGGAACCUCCAGCAGGGACCUGGACUGGCAUAACGGGUGACAUAAACUUGGUUCAACAUCUCCUAGCGCUCUAUUUUUGCUGGGAAUAUCCCACCUUCGCGUCGCUGAGUAAAGAACAUUUUCUUCGGGAUUUCCAAGAUGGGCGUCAUCGGUACUGCUCGCCUAUCCUAGUCAAUGCGCUUCUAGCCCUCGGCUGCCGUUUUUCGACUCAACCCAAGACACGAGCGAAUCCAAAUGACCCUUAUUCAUCUGGCGAUCAUUUCUUCAAAGAGUCUCAGCGACUAUUCACUCAAGAAACUGAUCAUCAUUCUCUUACUACUAUCCAAGCAUUGGGGAUAAUGUCCAUCAGGGAAGCGAGCUGUGGUCGCGAUUCGGAGAGUUGGUAUUUUGCAGGUCAGAGUAUACGGCUCGCCAUUGAGAUGGGUCUGCAUAGAAUACAUGAUGGGGCUGACGAGGACGAGCUUGCUGUUCAGUCAGCUACAUUUUGGGGCGCUUUUGCCCUCGAUCACGCGUGGUCUCUGGCAACUGGCUCGUUACCACAAUGCUCUUCCUUUCCACAUCUACCUCCAAAGCCUGCUAUCAUCGACGACAUCGAAGCUUCCUUUUGGGUACCGUACACCGAUAACGGCGCUCCACUCCAGCGGUCGUGUGAACAGCCAUCCAAUGUUCGAUCAGUAUACAAAUGCUUCUGUGAGCUUAGCGAGCUAGUACACCGCUCACUUUACGUUCUUCACUCCCCUGGAAAGCCACUGACUGCCAGAGAGCUGUUGGCCAUUUACACCCAAUAUCUCAAUUGGUAUGAUCGAAUACCAGAAGUGCUGCGGCUGGGGCACAACUUCACUCCAGCUGUGCUUUUCGCCCACAUGUAUUAUCAUUUUGCAAUUUUGCUGUUAUUCCGGCCCCUAAUCAAACUAAAAAUAUUGGGGUCCAAGGUAACUCCUCGGGACGUUUGUUGUCAGGCAGCAGACGCAAUUCAGGGUCUCCUUAAGUCUUACUCGCAACUCUACACGUUACGAAGGACUCCCUCCUUUGUACCGUAUUUCGUCCUCACCUCCGCGAUCAUGCAUCUCGCUAUCGGAUCAACGUCCAACGAUGUGGGCUCUCCCGCGAGUAAUCUGCAAAAUGCAGUCAAGCUAGACCCAAGGGUAUCUGAAUCUCUCAGCCAAGGAAUCGCUGAUUUAACUGAAAUGGCCCCUUGUCACCAUUUCGCCGAGCAAGCCCUCAAUAUUCUACGGUAUCUCGCCAAGAAAUGGAAUAUUGACGUGAGCAUUGACGGCGAUAAAGUGCCACCAGAGGACUAUGACAGGCUGGUACAGCCAUACACGAGUAGCCUCAAUUUCUUUGCACCAAACAUCCGAGAGGAAGACUUCAUUUGCAACUGGAGCUCGUUCCGAGACUUGGCGAAUACUGUGCACCCACCUUCAACCUCCCAGGCAGCCGAGACAAUGGAAAACCCUUUGUUCUGGCCCUUCCCUAUGCAAGGCCGACCCAUCUUGCCGUACGGGGAAGAGCUCGAGCAGGCAGGAUUUGCGCUGCUAUGA